GAGAUUUUUAUCGAAUUAGGCACAGCAGGAGAACCAAUAUUUAUCACACCUAAUAUUAAUGUCAUUGUUCAUAAAAAUCCAAGUCUUCGUCGAGCAACAAUUACAACCCCCAAUUAUGGAGCUACACUUAGUGGAAUUACUGCAA